UAGUCUGUCAGCUCUGAAGCAAAAUGACCCUUUCAUCUCCAGUAUCGUCGAUGUGACCAGCCAGGUCGCGCUGUAUACUUUUAACCCCAAAUCUAGCGAGUGGGAGAAGACUGAUAUUGAAGGUACUUUGUUCGUGUACACCAGGGAAGGACAAAGAUGGAUCAAGAAAAACUAAGAACCUGAUUUGGGAGAAAGGUUGUUUAUCUACGCCCCCAAGCCCCAAAUGAAAUAGUGAGAGUUCAGGUCUGCUUCCCCUUACCAUGGCUUUACAAUCAUGAAUCGAUUAAAUAUGAAAAACUUAGUCGAACCCAUCAACAAAGAUCUGGAGUUUCAACUCCAAGACCCAUUUCUUCUUUAUAGAAAUUCGAAUUUGUCAAUUUACAGCAUCUGGUUUUAUGACAAGAAUGACUGUCAACGAAUUGCACAACUCAUGUCAAAGGUGGUGCAAAUGGAGGCUCGGAGAGUCCAACAAGAAUCUCCAGGGAGAAUGACUCCAAAUAAAACCAAUGGAUGUGAAGAAGAAAAUGCUAUUGAUAUCCUAGAUAUGCUCAGUAAAGCCAAGGAAGAGUAUGAACAAACAUAUCAAUUUGGUGAUUCAAGUAUUUUAUCAAGUUCGCCAGGCAUACACAGCACUGUUGGCCUAGCAAUGAAAACACAGAUAGAGGAAUGUACCUCCUCUUCAGCGCACAACCACAAGAAUGUUCUUCAAGGUGCCAAGCACUUGACUGUAGAGGAAUUAUUUGGAGCUCCUGUUCCUAAAGAACAAAUGACAAACCCUAAUCAAGAAAUGUUGAAAUCUCAGCAAGAUGCUAAGUUAGGAAGCCAGAACUUGAUGCAACCCUUCACUUAUGAGCAAUCAACAGAAAAACAUCUAGGAAGCCCUGAGAGUCUUAAUAGCAAAAAUAGUUUUACCCGAUUGAAUUGCCAGGAAACCACCAUGGAAGUUCUAAUGACACCAGCUGCACUCCAGAAAUCUGACAAAACUAAGCGUGUGUACAAUAUUUGUACCAGUCCCCACAUUCAUUCUUCCAUGAAUGUUGAACCUCUUUCUAAUCAGACCACAUCCACCAUCAGUUCCAAUGGUCAAAAGUUGCAACAGGAAGUCAAAACUGUUUCACCACUUAUGAUGUGCCCACUUUCCUCUGAACCAGCGUGUGUUCAUCAGAAUCCAUCUUCAGGAAGUAACCCAGCUUCACAAAGAAUCACAGGUGAUAGAAGUACUUUGGAUAUUGGAUCUCAAGGUCAUGAACUGCUUCAGAAACUCAAACUAGCACAACAGCAUGACCAGCAGCACCAAACUGUCAGCAAACCUUCAUUAGCUGCAAAUUUUUCUCCGCUACUUGUAACACCAGAGUGCUUUAAAGAACCAAAUGUCAAAACUACAGAGGUCUCAUUGCAGGUUGUUCUAACACCGACCACCUCUUCAGUUGGCCCGUCUAUGCUUUUGUCUCCCAGUAUGUUCAAACAGUCAACAGGAAUGAUUUCAGAAGCUGAAAAUAAAUAUGCUUCUGCUUCUCCUUUAACAUUAGCUUCAGAGGCCCGAUCAUCACCAUUACCAACUGUUCUCAGUAAGACACAGCUUCAAGAAACAUUAACUCAUCUAAUAAAGAAUGACUCUGAUUUCCUAAACACAAUCCAUGAAGCUUAUCUACAGAUUCUUCUAAAGAACGUAGUUAACAUUAAGUAAUGAAGAGACAUAUGAGAGUGAACGUGUCUUCAAGUACAAAUAAUUAAAGGGUUGCCGCAAUAAGCAACAUGAUACUGUGAGAAUUCAACAUUUACUUCACAAUAUUAAUUGUCAAUCUGUACAUUUAUAUAUUGUGACCAUCAGGCUGUUUACAUCUACAAAAAUUGCUAUUUCUGGUUUAAAUAUUGUAAGGACUUCUGUGAAAGAGUUUGCCAAAACACAAGUGCGUGUGCAUAUAGAGAUGGUAACAUCCUACUUUUAAUGCCUUAAGCUACAGUGCAGCUGAUCAGCAAUAGAUGUUUCACUUGUUUUGUCUUUUUCUUUUUCUGUAAGAAACAUUAGUAAAAUUACUUGAUUUUUACAUAAGUCUCACUUGUUCCUGUUUGAAAAUGUGUCAAUGGCUUUGUCACCUUUUAAUGCAUAAAAUAAGCAUUCGAUUGAGUUUUUCUGUUUUAAAGGUAUGACAGUGUUUUAAGAGCAAUAAUGUGUUAUUGCUUAGAUGCAGAGGAAGGUGUUUUAAUCAUUUAUUUUAAACAUUUUCCAAUUAAUUUGAAAUACUAUACAAAUUUGUGUAGAAAUGACAGAAUUGUCCUAUAAAUAAAGGUAAAUGACAAAGUAAACAAGAUACUAGCAUAAAUAUGUGGAUGGCAACUAAAUUUCUCUCCAAAUAAUUGAGUGUCAUCUCUUCAACACUGUCCCUGAAUGCUUAUUUUGCAUUGUAGAUUCAGUUAUAGAUUUAAACAGCGACAAUGACAUAAGCAGAGUUCAAAGUUACACCAUGCUCUAAAAAUUAAACUUACCCUUCUUUUGUUGCAUUUUAUCAUCAGUUUCAUUUGUUUAUUUUGAUUAUAAAGAUUUUUUUGGGGAUCAAGCUUGUACCCAGUUUCAACAUCACCUCCUGACUUUGUGGAUAAACUGGCAGUUUAACAUGUGUUUUGGUACAAACAAUCAAAAAUACAUUUUCAUAGUUCCUAUGAUAAAUGCAUAAAAUUGCAUGGUUUGUAAUAGCCAAAUUGAACCCUAAUUUUCCCACCAAACUAAGUAUUUUAGUCACUUGUGGUCAUUGAUUUUCAAAAUAGUUAAUUUGUAUAUCAUUUUGCAACAUGUUUAAGUUAAUCAAAGCUACAAGUCGAAGUAUGUGCACGAGAGAUUUUCAAUGUAAAGAGGUGAUGUGUACUAAUUUCUUUUGUGUAGAAUAUUCAAUUAGUGACUGUCUAUUCAUGGUCUUGCAUAAAGACAGUAUAUUACUGUUAAAUUUAAUUGAUAAAGUGAAACGAAGACUUCAGCUUGAACAGUGUCUAGCUGCAUGUAUGUCAUUUGCUCAAUAAACUUUAAACCAUUUUGCUAUCAUAUUGACGUUGGCUUUCUUUAGUUAAAAUCCAAAGAUAGGAUAAUGUUUUUAGGUUUGUAUGAGCUUUAUAACUCAUUACUUGAAGUUUAGUGAGUUGAUAGUUAUGAUAACGUUAAUUAGAUAAUUGAUAGGACUUUACUACUUGUCUGCUUUUAAUAGAUUGCAAAUGUAAAGUUAGCCUUCUAAUUUUAGUUUUUUUUUCCUAUUAAUUGAUCUUCAUGUCCUUGCCAUUCCCCAGGUUUUCCUUUUCCCAGCACAGGUUUCAUUCCAUAUUUAGAGGCCCACGCUGGUCCCAUGUCCCUGCCAGUGCUGUGCUGUGAACAGCCAUGUUGAAGUACAUAACAGCAAUCCAUGGUAGGAUGUGCCUGUACCUGUUG